AUGAUUAUGGGCAAAACCAAAACUGAAUAUGGUAUUGCAGAGGGUGUGAUAUACCCGAGCAUCCCGGGCUCUUUGCUCAACUGCUACCGCGGGGGUGAGGGCGGGGGCGCGGGGCCGGCGCUCGGGGCUCCGAGGCGCCUCGACGUCUUCCUCUCGCUGCUGAGGAAACUUGAGGACAACUCGCAGCUGGAUAUGAGGCUGUUUAGUGCUGCGUUGUUGAGGAGUUUACGCCUAGACGGCAUCGAGCAAGCGGCGAAUCCAGUGGAAACGGAAUUCGUGACCCCAUACCGAGCUUCAGCGUUUCAGUUCCACAAGUACAAGCUUCUAAUGGACCUGUUCAUACCGGGCCAGAACGUUCUAGAAGUGGAUGAGAUUCUGACAACGCAUGAGAAGUGUCUGCUGCACCGGAUGAUGAGUUCCACGGUGCACCGCUGGGAGAGAGGCGACGAGAGUACCUCCUGCCCUGUGUCUGUUGAGUUGACGCAGCGGCUGAUGAGUAAUAAUAGUGAUAGAUUACCCAGCAGAUGUCCCAUCGAAGAAGGAGUUAUCCAAACAAAAUGGGGCACAAUAUCACCAGGCACGGUGGUGGCAGCCAUCGCCGCAUCCCUCGAGUCUCAAAGAGUGCUAGUUACAGAUAUCCUCAAUGCAGACGUGUUUAAGGCAGGUCUGGCUGAACCUAUCAUGGAUGCUACGAAUGGGGAAUGGGACGUUGAUAUUGAAACGUUGCAUACAGUGAGACAGACGCCCGGCCUCGCCACCGCUGAUAUCAGCAAUUUGUGGGCCGCUACUCUUGCCGGUGACUUGGCAGAAGUGGCAGUGAACCAAGGCCCGCUGGUGGGGUCGGCGUCCCAGAAAAUGGUCGUCGGCAGCAAUAAUAAAUGGAACGACACACUUUUGCCGAGACACAAUUUCUUGCUCAUACAUAAUACAUCGACCGUCGAUUGGCACUAUACCGAUGCUGAAAUAUUAGCUGGAGUUGAUGGCCUCAUUCUAGCUCAACACGUACCGAAAUGGGUAAGCCAACGGGGUUCGCUAAGAUUAUCACAAGUGUUGGACAUGUAUUACUCCAACCAAGGGUCCGCUUUCGACCCCUCAGUGAGAGCUUGCAACCGCCAGGCUCUGUUCAGCGGUAUACUGGACCAGUCAGUACUGAGCGCAGAAACUAAGAACUUUGCCAGUGUGCUGGCGCUGAGUCAGGGCACUGUGUACAUGCAGGUGGAUGAACUGGACAGGAUCUGUGAGGCCGCUGUCGCAGCCUUUGUGAAUUAUUUUCCGACGGUGCUAACCCAGUCCCACCGCUCCUGCCCGGGCGGCGGCGGCGGCGCGGCGCCCCGCAGCGUAGUGGACCUGGUGGUCGCCACCGACGGCUCCUGGGCAGGGUAUGACGUGCACCAGAUGCUGUCAUGGAUCGGUGAGGAGUUGGAAGUGGGAUUCGAACGAGGUUCCAUAUCACUCCUACAUGGAAACACUGGAAACUGGAUAGCACCGCCAUCAAGCAAUUUAUCUGCUUUGUUUGAACAUUUGAGCAACUUUAGUGAUCCAUGGCCGGAUCGUCUUAAUUUACCAAAUGUGAUGUCAACGGUACUUCAAUAUUCAAUGAAUAAAUCCCUUUCGGAGGCUGAGACGGAAGCGACCGUGGCUCCGAGCACAGUCGUGCUCAUCAUCAGCCCCAGCGACACUCCUUCCGACACUGAAGUGGACCGCGCCCGGGAUAUAUUCCUUUCCCUUCGACAAAGUUACUUCGAUGUGUAUUUCGCCUAUGUAGCGCGGGACUUGACCGCAUUCGAGAACAUAAACACAGAAUAUUUGGACUACUCCGAACUGUUUAUAAAGACUGAUCGCGGUACCGUUCGAGAUACCAUCAGUGCGCUUGGUACGGACCUAAUAAACGCUGCAAUUCCAAAAAGAAUCAUCGGCGCCCACUGCGAGGUCAAUGAAACAGUUUAUAAACAAGUACCGUAUGAAGAUUUCGUGUUACCUCAAAGGGAGAACAAAUACCGAAUACAUUCCUAUUACAUGAGACAACAACCGGCCGUCGCCAUCACUGUUCGUAACAACGGCCAAGGUACUUUGCUGGCUUGCGAGUGGCGAGGAGCCGAGACAUCUCGGACCUGCAAAACUUUGGACGAACGGCAAACCUACACUUUCAACUUGACUGAUCCAUGUCCUUCCCAAGAUUUCUGCCCACCAAGUCAUUUCAGCAUUAGCGCAGUUUCAACUCAAAAUAUUUGUGCCAAUAACGACUGUCGACUUCCUCAGCAAGUUGGAUACUAUAUCACACAGGACGGCUUACGGUGUCUUGCCCUACGGAACAAAGCAAAAUCAUUGGUUGUACAGUGUGUAAAAAAAUAUUUGUUAUUUUUAGUACUGAUGGUUACUUAUUUAAUAUAGAUAGUAAAUUUAAUUUCUUACAAAAAUAUAAAUGAUCAUAAUUAA